AUGACUAUCCUCAUUGAUCAUCCCGAGGGUGGUGUUGAAUCAGGGUUUAGCAAGGUCGACAAUGCUGAGAUUGAACUGGUGUUGGAUGGGGGAUUUUUGGUACCACAGACCAACUCUUUUGGUCACACUUUUAGAGAUUAUGAUGUCGAAAGUGAGAGGCAACAGGGUGUCGAGAACUUCUACCGAAUCAAUCAUAUUAGCCAGACUUAUGACUUUGUCAAGAGAAUGAGAGAAGAGUAUGGUAAGCUGAACAAGAUGGAGAUGGGCAUAUGGGAAUGCUGCGAACUUCUUAACGAUGUAAUCGACGAGAGUGACCCUGACUUGGAUGAACCUCAGGUCGAACACUUGCUGCAAACGGCCGAGGCUAUCCGAAAGGACUAUCCUGAUGAGGAUUGGCUGCACCUGACAGGCCUUAUCCAUGACCUUGGAAAGGUGCUUCUUCAUCCUGGAUUUGGAGAGCUUUCUCAGUGGGCUGUUGUAGGUGACACAUUUCCUGUUGGUUGUGCUUUCGACAAGUCAGUUGUUCACUACAAGUAUUUCGAGGAAAAUCCCGACCAUCAUAACCCUGAUUACAACACUAAGUGUGGGUUGUACUCAGAGGGAUGUGGACUCAACAAUGUGAUGAUGUCAUGGGGGCAUGAUGACUACAUGUAUCUGGUGGCUAAGGAGAACAAUACAACUCUGCCACCGGCAGCUCUUUUCAUCAUUCGAUACCAUUCGUUCUACGCAUUGCAUAAGUCAGGAGCAUACAAGCACCUAAUGAAUGAGGAGGAUGAUGAGAAUCUGAAGUGGCUCCAUAUAUUCAACAAGUAUGAUCUUUACAGCAAGAGCAAAGUCCGGGUGGAUGUUGGGAAGGUCAAGCCAUAUUAUCUCUCUCUCAUUGAGAAGUACUUCCCAGCAAAGUUAAGAUGGUGAAUCCGGGUUCUGUCUGUCUCCCCCAGUUGAAUGCCUCAGCUUCAAGCUUAUUAUAUGGAUUGUAGAGUUCACCCUGGUGACUUCC